UGUGUGUCUGGUUUAAAGGAGCAGCAGCAAACCUCCAGCUCAGUCAGGAGUGAACUCACUCCAAGGCCUUGUUUCGUUUGUUCUGGUGUGUUUGGAGAAUGAUGAACUCCACUCUGGUGUCAUAUUUCACGUUGUCUGCGUACAUCGAACUCGGUCUCUUUAAAUACGUGUCUUUCGUGUGUGUUCUGUGUAUCUACAUGGUCAUGGUGUGUGCUAACGUGCUGCUGAUUGUUGUCAUCUGUAUGAACAGAAGUCUACACGAGCCUAUGUACAUGUUUCUGUGCAGCCUGUUUGUAAAUGAACUGUGCGGGGGCACAAGUGUGUUUCCGUUGCUGCUGGUGCAGAUCCUCACUGAUGUUCACACCAUCUCUGUUCCUUUCUGUCUCCUGCAGAUCUAUUGCAUACAUACUUAUGGCACUGUGGAAUAUUUCCUUUUAACCGUUAUGUCGUAUGAUCGCUACCUCGCCAUCUGUUGCCCUCUGCAGUACAGCACACGCAUGUCGACGUUCACGAUCUCCAAACUGCUCGCUGUGGUGUGGUUGUCCGGGGUCGUCUCAUGUGUCAUCAUGAUCUCUCAGAGUUCGUCUAUGCGGCUGUGUGGGAAUGUCAUCGAUAAGGUUUACUGCGACAACUACUCUGUGGUCAGAUUGGCGUGUUCAGAUACGAGCAUCAACAACAUCCUCGGCCUCAUCGCCUCGUUCAGCACCACUGUUCUUCCUAUGGUCCUCAUCGUAUUUACCUACUUGAAGAUUCUGCUCGUUUGCUCCUCGGGCUGCAAACAGUCACGGCAGAAGGCAGUCAGCACGUGUGUGCCUCACGUGGUAGCGCUGAUCAACUUCUCGUUAGGAUCCAGUUUUGAAAUUGUCCAGAGCAGGUUUAACAUGAAAGGAACUCCAAACGUGCUGAGGAUCAUUCUGUCGCUGUACUGGCUCACGGUGCAGCUGCUCCUCAACCCACUGAUGUAUGGAUUGAACUUGAGUAAAAUACGUAUCUUAUUAAAAAACCGGCCUUUUGCUGAACUGUAGCUGUAAUCAACAAGGUUUGUCUUUUGUUUACCAUCAUGUUUCUGUGUCAUUUCAUUUCAAGUUGUCAUGUGUGUGUCAUUGUGACUGCAUGCCACUGCCUCACCUGAAACACAGUCUUACAAAUAUUUUCUUCCAGCCUUGAACUAUGUUUUUAUGAGACAUGUUUGAGAACCUCUACAAUCUUACAACUUUACUAGUUCUCUGAGGCUUUUAAAGGCAUCAUUUUGUGUGUUACAUACAGGGCAGGGGUUCUUUGUGCUGACUGAGCGGGAGAUGAGAACUGGAACACUAUUUACACACAUUUCUCAUUGUAUGCAUUAUUUUGAAUAUUUUCAGUGAAAUUUAGAGCUGCAACUAACGAUUAUUUUCAUAAUCGAUUAAUCUGUCGAUUAUUUUCUCGAUUAAUCAAGGGGCUGUGACAGCGCUCUCCUUAUCCUGUCAUCCACUCCAAAUAUAUUUAAAACUUAAAGUGACUGUUACCUGGAAACAUGAAUAACUGGUUUUAACAACAAAGAGCUCGGAAUUCCUA